AUGCGUAGGGCAUUCAGGCAGGCAGACGCAAGGCAGAAGGCUGGUCGGGCGGCCAAGGCCAGGAAAGCGGCCGCAAUGGCCAUAUACGGAGACGUUGAGGAAGCGUGGGAGCGUGAACAGGAGGAGAAGGAAUCGACGAAACGCAUCGAAGCGGCCAAGAGGAGGGUGGAGCUUGAAGUGUUGGCUGCCGCCGAAGAAAAAGCACAGGACGAGGCUGCUCAAACCGCAAUUGACAAAGGUCAAGACGGUGGUGUGGAGACACGAGUCGAGAAUGAUGACGCGCCGGUGGAGUCAGCAUUUCCGCAAGCGGCACCAGGAGCACCAGCAAAGUCACCCUCGUCAAGCACACCCACAACAAAACCGGCAAACGACACCACGAAAGGUCAGAGGCAGCAGAAGCAACAACAAGAGGAGGACGAGGAGGACGAGGAGGAAGAUGAUCCCGAACUGCGAAAAGUCUUGGCCAGGGGGGCGGCGGCAAGGGCGAAAAAGGUGGCCGGGCGGCGGCGGUAG